AUGACAGUCUCUGGAGACUCCAACCUCACCAGCACCGCAGCCGCCAUCCCCAACGGCGUAAAGCCGUCGUGGGAGGAGCUCGGCGCAAAGAAGCGAAGCGACCUGCAGGCGUCUAUUCCCAGGGAAUGGCGCAUCCCGGAGAGCCUGCUGCCUCCACUGACUCAAGAUGAUGUGACGGGCUGGCCAGAAGAGAGCGGAUGGUUCACAAAAGAAGAGCUGGCCAUCACCAACUUGACUGCAAAAGAGCUGCUGGCCAAGAUGGCGACGGGCGAGCUGAAGUCGGAGGAUGUGACUCUGGCGUUUUGUAAGCGGGCAUCUGCCGCUCACCAGCUUACAAACUGUCUUUCCGAGAUCUUCUUUGACCGUGCCAUCGCCAUGGCCCGUGAGCGCGAUCAAUACUUUGCGCAGACCGGCAAGCCCGUCGGUCCUCUCCACGGCCUCCCAAUCUCCCUCAAAGACAACAUCAACGUCAAGGACGUUGACUCCACAGUCGGCAUGGCCGUCCAUGUGGGUGACCCGGCCAAGGCAGACGCAACGCUGGCCCAGAUGCUAGCCGAGGCUGGCGCCGUCUUCUAUGUCAAGACGAAUGUGCCCACGGCUAUGAUGAUUGCCGAGACCGUUAACAAUGUGUUUGGGCGGACCUUGAACCCGAGGAACAGGCAGACGACGAGCGGUGGAAGCUCUGGAGGAGAGUCUGCGUUGAUUGUCUUGAAAGGCAGCCCCAUUGGUGUCGGAUCAGACAUUGGCGGCUCUCUCCGCAUCCCCGCUGCCGCCACCGGCAUCUUCACACUCCGUCCCUCCUUUGGCCGCUUCCCCGUCCGAAACUGCCGCUCCGGCAUGGCCGGCCAGGAAGCCAUCGCCUCCGUCAACGGCCCUCUUGCUCCGACGCUCGACGACAUUAAGCUCUACACGAAGGCCGUCAUCGACUCCCAGCCGUGGCUGCGAGAUGCCAAAUGCCUCCCGAUUCCUUGGAGAGAGGCCGCGCUUCCCGAGAAGCUGCGCAUCGGCGUCAUGUGGCACGACGGCAUGGUCCAGCCCACUGCCCCCGUUGCACGCGCCCUGAAGCACACAGUUGCCAGACUAAAGGCCGCCGGGCACGAGAUUGUCGAAUGGGACAACUCUGACCAGGCGGAGGGCUACAUGCUGAUGCAGCGCAUGUUCCAUGCUGACGGCGGCAAGACCAUCAAGUCGCAGCUUGAACCCACCGACGAACCAAUGAGGCCCGAGAUGGAGCCUUAUUCAGUGGCAAGGGAACUCGGCACUGCGGAGAUGUGGAAGCUACACCUGGAGAGGUCGGAGUUCCAAAACCGCCAUCUGGAUAGAUGGAUCAAGGCGGGUCUUGAUGCUCUUUUGCUGCCCACCAUGCCGUUUAACACCGUCAGAAGCGGAACCUUUAAGCACGGCGCAGUUGCAUACACUGGUGUAUAUAAUGUGGUCGACUAUUCCGCCGUAUCAUUCCCUACGGGCUUAAAGGUCGACAAAGAUAUCGACGUAGAGUCCCCCGAAUACAAGCCUCUCAGCGUCGAUUGCAAAGCUGUUCACGAGACGUAUGAACCUGAUUUGAUGCAUGGACUGCCAAUCAGUCUGCAGCUGGUGGCCCGGAGGCUGGAAGAGGAAAAAGUGCUGCAAAUGACUGGCCGCGUAUUAGAAGCUCUGGCUGCGUGA